AUGAGUGAAAAGACCCCUUCAGUCUACUAUACGGUCGACCCCGAGACGAACCCAUCAACUUGGCCUGGUUCAAGCCACGAAGGACCCGGAAACAUUGACAUUAGCAAAGUUGAUGUCAUAUUCAUCAACAUCAAUGGGGCUUCCGACUUUAAUAUACUUCGCACUGGCACGAACAAAGAUAUUCAUCAUGCAGUGCUGCAAGUAGCCAAACAUGUGGCUCGGGGCCUCUAUCGCCUCGUGAGCUUGAACGCCUCCGAGUACUCGUGCGUUGUCGUCAUGGCAACAGAGAAGCAAAGAGACAUGUUGAUGUGGAAGAAUGGCUUUCCAUGGGACACUGAAGAAGAUCCACAGCCAGAGGUAGUUCUGAAGUAG